CCCUCCGAGGAGGAAGAUGGAUACAGCAAAGUCCCUACAGUUACAAUAGAAGGGGCAACUCCCUCACCACGCCCACCUUCACGACUCCCGGACGAAAACAACAACAGGGAAGACGGGAAUGAGGACAACGACAAUGACGACGAUUCUGAUGACGACGAAGAUUUUGCAGAAGAAGAGCAAACCGAGGAAGGAGAGGAAGAAGAGAAAGAAAUGACAAUUGAAGAGAAAAGGGACAUGUACCUGGCUGUGCAAAGUGGAGACAUUGAUCUACUUGAGGACUGCCUGGACCAGCCAAACUCUGACGUCACCAUGACUUGGUUCCGAGAGAAUCUCCUUAUGACUGCCAUCAGGGAAGGUCAUUCCGAAAUGGCCGAAUUUCUCCUGGACAACGGAGUGGACCAUACCUACUCUACGUCUGUUGUGGGUCUUCGAGAAUCUUCCAAAGGUAAAUGCCUGGAUCGCUACGAGAUAAGCUGUCGUCAAAUGGCAUACGACCGCGAGAUGUUCCACAUUGUGGAACUUAUCGACCUACUGCAGAACCAAUUGUUCCCCUUUGUUCGCCCGCUCGAGCGUACGCCGCGCUUCAGACGACCGAAACCGCCGACACCAUCAGACAGCGACUCUGGAAGUAGAAGCGAAGGGGAAGGUCAAGGCCAUGAUAGUAGCGGAACAGGCAGCCAGUCGGAUACGGAGGGCAGCGGUAGUGAGGGGAAAAGUCUUCGCACUCGGAACAGGAAGAAGAGAAGGGGGAAGAGGAAGAAAAAGGUUUCUGGUGGAGGAAGAGAGGGUGUUGGCGACCGGGCAGAUGAAUGCGACUUGAAUAAAACUGGAGGAACCGGAAGUAUGUUCGGGGAAGGGACGGAAGUGGAUUCCGGUCACCACAGUCUGGGUAGCAGUAAGUUGCGAAUUGCUAUGGUCCGUGAACACGAGAGACUGACAGAAAAGGAAGAGAACUUACCAUCCUCCGAGAGCGCUCCUUCCCCCCGAAGGCCAACUAGUGAGAGCGAGAAAGGGGAUAAGAGCCUCGUUGACCAAAGUGAGAAAUCAGAAACUACUGGAAGUCACAUUCGGGAUGAAGGAUACGGUUCUAUAUCUCAGAAAAGCCCAACACCCUGCCCCUCACCAGAAAUGAAACCCCUGUGGACACCAGUGGAACCUUCCAACCGCUUUAGAUCCACUAAAUCAGCAUUAGCCGUGCGGAAUGUAAACCUUGUAAACUUACGAGUAAACAACAUUCAGCCCUCAGACUUUACAAAGCUGUCGCCAUCAAUGUCCCAGUGUCGACCACUCCGCUGGAGGAAGAUCUCUACCAUUGGUAGCUACGCAAACGAGAGCAAAAACUGGCACGUUAAAAAUGAGGCCAAAGAAGACGACGUUUGCGUGGAAAUUUCCCAAAUUUCUCUAGCUCCCCCAACAACGUCAUCAACAUUGUCUGGUCUACAAAGACAAGCUCCGAUGGGAAACACCGGCUCAAAAAGUCCAGCACUCUAUGGAACGUCAUCAGAACUAAAGACGUCGUUCGUGCGUACUGAAAAGAGUACAGAGUCGAAUCCUACGAUGUCAAACAACAUAGCGAGCUACAUGCGACCAACGAAGAGCACCAUUACAAAACAACGACUUACACCGAACUUUGUAAAAUCGUACGGCGGUUUGGAAUUCACACACGUUAUCGACUCCAGAAACACAGGGCAGGCUGCAAAGGUCAAAACAUCUGCGCCUGCAACAAAACCAUCAAGAGUGCAUGGUUUUGGACUGGCUGUGCCUCAUAUAACCCCUAGCAGUGUCAUUCAGAGGAGAAAUAACCCUCUUUCAUUCAGGAGUUAGCCCUUUUAGUUUAUCGUUACCUUAUAUUAUUACCAAACAAACAGUGGAACACACUGAACUUAUCGAAGCUUGUAAACAUGGACUGUUUAAAACGAGUCCUCGGAACUGAAUUUCUGUUGUUGUUGUUUUUUUGUUGUUGUUGUUGUUUUGGAAGGGGGGGGGGGUCUCUUUUUUAAAACAUGUUUGUAUAUACCCCACACUAAACUGGAGCGAAAUACCAAAAACUUUAACAACUCUCCGCAUGAGUCUUUGAUCUAAUGACGCCAACUUCAUGCCUGUAACUUCAAUGGAACCUUUGUGCCAACUGAACACAUCAAAUGGGUUAACAGAGUAAAACAAUGAGUCAACGCCAGGACCUGUGAUUAGUGGGCAGAUCGGAAUGGGUGAACGCAAUGUCUUAGCAGGAAAAGAGACAGCUGUUAAGAGAGAGAGGGAGAGAGAGAGA